AUGAUCUGUGAGCUGAGGUAUUGUAAUAAUGUUUGUAUUACACAGGAAGCUCUGUGCAGGAUCAUCGGCACGUUAACCAAUAAGAAUGAAGAGCUCCAGAACUUCCUGGAGACAGUUGAUAAUAUGCUGAGAGGCCUGCAGGAGGAGUCAUGUAAGGUGAUGUCAGAUCUGGAGGCGGAGCUUGAGUUGCUAAGGUCCAUCCUGGAGGAGAAGGGGGCGGAGCUUCGCUGCAUCAUUAAGGAGGAGAAGCUGAGGAAAGAGGCAGAGCUUCAGAAGCAGCUGUCGGAGGGAAAAGUCGCUCUGCUGUCGUCUGAAGAACUGCUCAACUUCACAAAUCAAACACUGACAAUCACCAAUGAAGAUGAAUUUCUGAAGGCUGCAAAACAAAUCAAAGAUCGGGUAACCAUGGCUCCAGCGUUCCGAUUGACGACUUGUCCAGCGGUGUCGGAGAAUAUGUCUCAGUUCACUGCCGACUUCAGCACACAGAGGGCGGUUCUUCAACGACUUCACUUCCUGCCUGUACCUGGACCUCCACGGAUUGACGUCUCCAGCUGCAUCGUCCAUGACAACACCAUCACAGUUUCGUGGCAACCAGCUGGUGAGGCUGUUGGCAAUGGUGACAUCUGCGAGAGUGGACCAAUCGACUGCUACGAACUUGAAUAUCGAAAAACAAACCAGGAUGGCCCACUGAGAGCUGCCAGAGAAGCAUGCUGGGAAAAAAUCCACAACAUCAGAGAGACACACUUCACAUUGUCAGGUCUGAAGUUUGACUCACAGUUCAUCGCCGUUCGAGUUCGAGCGAGAAACAAAAUGGCUGCAGGAGAGUUCUCUGAACCCAUUGCCAUGGAAACCAGAGCAUAUAACUUUGGGUUUGAUGCAGCGACGGCUCAUGCUGAGCUAAAGGUUCAGGAUGACCUGGUGACCUGGGAGCCGCAGGGGGUCAAAGGUCACGACCACCGACUGAGAGGAAAGGAGAAUAAGAACAGCAGCAGAAGCGCCACGCCGUCGCCCAAUAAGACGUCAGGAAGUCGAGCAGGCCGUGAGCGAUUUGCUGGAGAGUCGUACACCGUGCUCGGCGACCAGGAAAUGACCAGCGGCUGUCAUUACUGGGAGCUCCGCCCCCUGGCCGACUGGAAGUCAUUCAGCGUGGGUGUAGCCUACCGAUCAAGCCUGGGCCGCUUCGACCAAUUAGGGAAAAGUGCUGGUUCAUGGUGUCUCCAUGCCAGCCAAUGGCUGCAGAGCGUGCUCGCUGUGAAGUACAAUAACCGAGCGAAAGCACUCGAAUGGCCGCUGCCUCAGCGAAUAGGAAUCUACUGCGACUGUGACAAUGGUGAGUUGUCAUUCAUCGAUGUCGAGCAGCUUCGUCUUCUUCACUCCUUCAAAACAAAGUUCAGUCAGCCGCUCGUCCCUGCCUUCACCAUUUGGUGCGGUGGUAUUGCCAUAACAACAGGACUACAGGUGCCCAGCUUCCUGAGUAAUUUCCAGUCAACCAAUCGGAGCCUCAGCAACCUGUUGUCGUAGAUCGACAUCCUCGUCUGAUUUUUAUUUGUUUAAUUUAUUAAUUUUAUAUAAUCUUAAUUCAGUGUGAUAAUUAUGACACAUAGAAGUGAUUUGUUGUAGUUAUGAAUACUAAAUGAAAAUAUAUUGCCGAUUUUUGUCUGCUCUUAUUUUGAAAGUCAUGAUCUGAGGACAUAGUUUUAGUUUGAGUGCUUUUAUUCUGAAGUAAUACUGUUGUUUAUUAGCUCAGACUAGUUUUUUAUGACAGGAAAUGUUUUUAAACAGAAUUUUAUUUUGAAGGCAGCAGUAGCAAAGACAAUUACCUGUUCCCUUGGAAUUUUUAUGGUAUGGUAUUAUGGUAUCUGGUGUGGUAUAACCAGAUGAAAUUUAUUUUGAAGUCCCAUGUCUAACUUGUCUGAAAGAUUUUUAUUAUGAAAUACCUCAUUAUAUAUAGUGUUGUGAAUUCCUACUGGCUUUUAUUUUGAAGGUUCCUUCAACUAACUUCCUGUUAGUUAUACCACACUAAAGAUAAAUGUUUGUAUUUUUUUAUCUGUCUGUAUUUAAAUGUAUACUGACCAUCACGUUUAAUCGUUCAUAUGCGACCAUCACAUGUUCAAAUAUUAAUAUGCAACCAUCGCAUGUUUAAAUGUUCAUAUGUGAUUAGAUAUUCAGCUUUUAUCCAAAUAAAAAAAUGUGUGAGUGAGAGGAGUGCCUGUAUGACAAAA